CAUCGAGACCACAUCCCACAGUACUCCCAACUUGACUUUUUCGACCACUACAACCAGGACCACCUCACACAGUACUCCCAGCUUCACUUCCUUAAUCACCAUCACCGAGUCCACAUCCCACGGUACUACCAGCUUCACUUCUUCAAUCACCACCACUGACAACACCUCACACAGUAUGCCCAGCUUCACUUCCUCAAUCGCCACCACUGAGAUCGUCUCACACAGUACUCACAGCUUCCCUUCUUCAAUCACAAACACUGAGACCAUAUCACACAGGACUCCCAGGUUCACUUCUGUGAUUGCCAGCACCAAGACCACCUCACACAGCACUCCCAGUUUGACUUCUCCCAUCACCACCACCGGGACCAGCUCACACAGUACCCUUGGCUUAAGUUCUUCGACUGCCACCACUGAGACAACCUCACAAAGUACUGCCAGCUUCACUUCUUCGAUUGCCACCACCGAGACCACGUCACACAAUACUCCCAGCUUCACUUCUUCGAUCGCCACCACCGAGAUCACCUCACACAGUUUUCCCAGCUUCCCUUCUUCAAUCACGAACACUGAGACCACAUCACACAGGACUCCCAGCUUGACUUCUGCAAUCACCACCACUGAGACCAUGUCACACAGUAUUCCAGGCUUCAUUUCUUCAAUCACCACCACCGAGACUACCUCACACCUUCCUCCCAGCUUCACUUCUUCGAUUGCCACCACCGCGACCACAUCACACAAUACUCCCGGCUUCACUUCUUCGACUGCCACCACCGAGAUCACCUCACACAGUACUCCCAGCUUCACUUCUUCAAUCACCACCACGGAGACAACCUCACAGAGUUCUCCCAGCUUCACUUCUUUGAUCACCAUCACUGGGUCCACAUUCCACAGUACUGCCAGCUUCACUUCUUCAAUCACCACCACUGAGACCACCUCACAUGGUACUCACAGCAUCACUUCUUCAAUCAUCACCACGGAGAGGACAUCCCACAGCCCUCCCAGCUACACUUCUUCAAUCGCCACCAGGGAGACACCCUCACACACUGUUCCCAGCUUCACUUCUUUGAUCACCACCACCGAGACCACAUCCCACAGUAAUCCCAGCUUGACUUCUGCCAUCACCACCACUGAAACCAGGUCACACAGUCCUCCCAUCUUCACUUCUUCGAUCACCACCAGAAAGACCACCUCACACAGUACUCCCAGCUUCACUUCUUUGAUCACCACCACCGAGACCACCUCACGCAGUCCUCCAGGCUUCACGUUUUCGAUCCCCACCACUGAGACCACCUCACACAGUCGUCCCAGGUUCACUUCUUCAAUCACUACCACCGAAACCCCCUCACACAGUAUUCCCAGCUUCACUUCUUGGAUCACCACCACCGAGUCCGCCUCACACAAGACCACCUCACACAGUACUCCCAGCUUCACUUCUUCGAUUGCCACCACUGAGAACACCUCACACAGUACUCCCAGCUUCACUUCUUCAAUUACCACCACGGAGACAACCUCACAGAGUUCUCCCAGCUUCACUUCUUCGAUCACCAUCACUGGGUCCACAUCCCACAGUACUGCCAGCUUCACUUCUUCAAUCACCACCACUGAGACCACCUCACACAGUACUCCCAGCAUCACUUCUUCAAUCACCACCACCGAGAGGACAUCCCACAGCACUCCCAGCUACACUUCUUUGAUCGCCACCACUGAGACACCCUCACACACCGUUCCUAGCUUCACUUCUUCAAUCACCACCACAGAGAGCACAACCCACAAGUCCUCCAAGCUUCACUUCUGUGAUCGCCACCACAGGGAUCACCUCACACAGUACUCCCAUUUUCACUUCUUCGAUCGCCACCACUGA